AAUUACACAUGUCAGGAAAUCCCACGUGGCUGGAUACACACUUCUCCAGCUGCAAAUUUACGCAUUAAUUUAGUAAAAGUUACGAAAACUUUCAAAUUUACAACGAAUUAAGUGUUAAACUUGCAAUAUAAUUUUGAACAAUGUUAAAGUUUUCACUUUUCUUCACUUUUACAUUUCUGAUCUUGUUACUUUUCCCAUUUCCUGGAAACCUGUCAAGUCAAGAAGAACGCAUCGGUUCUGUAUCGUUGCGAGGUUACGACUUGACUUGGGAACUUUUUGAGGCUGAGAAUAAAAUCAGGUUCAAAUAUAAGGUCAGAACGAGUGGGUGGGUGGGGUUGGGACUAAAUGAGAAUAUCGGCAUGAACGGGGCUCAACUUGUCAUGGCCGGCGUCACGACGGGGGGAGAAAACGGGACACACAUUUAUCAUCAUAAAUAUAUCGGAGCUGUGAACGGUCUGGGGGGAGAAUAUGAAGGGUCAAUGUGGACCUUUCUGACCGCACGAGAACUUCCCGAUGGGAUUUAUACGAUUGCAGAGUGGGAACGCGCCCUCACGUCGGAGGAUGACCUCGAACUCAAAAUUAUUCCGAAAGCCCCUUUAUACGUCCUAUUCGCCUACGGGACAGACGACGAGAUCAAGCUACAUCGAACCUGGGAAAUGGAACGGAUCGAUUUUUACUACACAAAACCUGGUCCAAAGAACAAUCAGAGGACAGAAUUUUAAAUAUACGAUAGCCUUGAUUAAAUAUUUACUUACAGGGUGAUUCAAAUGUCUCACUAGAAAAUAUUGCAAAGGGGAAAGCCCAUAAAUCUUCGGAACAAAAUUUCGGUAACUAAAGGGUGCCGUGCCGAUUUAAUUCGAUCACAUUUUUUACCAGAAUAAAAUUAUUGUUUUUUUCGAAA